CGUAAGUAAUUAUUGUAAAAACACUGCGGACACAGACAGGCGGACUGCGACGCUACGACGUCAGUCAGUGUGUAUCAAUCCGCAUCACGGUCAACCUUAUUUGAGGUUAGACAAAGUUUGUCUUUUCAAUAACACAGUGUAUUGAGUGUUUUUCGUUGAUUUGAACAAAAAUCCGUUGUGUGCCGAUAUUUCUCGUCGCAUUGAUAGCUACAAAAAUGGCAGACAAUAACGAUAUGGACACUAGCGAAGACCAAAUUGUGACAGACGAUGUAAAGACUGCAGGCCAACCUCUGUCAGAUUUUCUUCUACAAUUAGAGGACUACACGCCGACGAUUCCAGAUGCUAUUAGCGAGCAUUACUUGCAUACUGCUGGUUUUAACACAACAGACCCUAGGAUAGUGAGAUUAGUUUCGCUAGCAGCCCAAAAAUUUAUCUCCGAAAUAGCCAACGAUGCUCUCCAGCACUGCAAAACAAGAGGUGCUAAUCAAAAUACCAAAACGAAAGGCAAAGACAGGCGGUAUACUCUCACUAUGGAAGAUUUGACUCCAGCAGUAGCUGAGUAUGGAAUAAUAGUCAAAAAGCCACAUUACUUUGUUUAAAUUGUUGAGUUCUCAAUAGAGUUCAUUUAACAGAUCUCCUUGUUUCUAUGGAUUGAGUAAAGUCAAAUGGCUGAGAUUUUACAUUCUUAUUUCUAUACCUGUACCAAUUAGACAAUCUCUUUUUCUAAUAUAUACAUACAAAGCAAUGCUAACAAUGCUUUUGUUUAAUAAAUACCUAGAUUAAGUGUAUACAUUUCGCAAUUAUUAGGUCAGCAGAUAUGUUUGUAUUUUUCUGUAACACAGUGUCAAGAAUAAAAACUGUUGUUUGUUUAUAAUCCUAAA